CAGGAUGGCAACAGAGAGUGGGUGAUACUGCUGGCAAGCGUGUGCGCUGACGGGAGUGCUCUGCCUCUAGGCAUCAUUUUUACGGGCGCCGACAACACUAUACAGAGCUGGACAAACAACAGUGUAGGAUUAGCGUGGGUUGAGCAGCUGUUUGACCGCUACACCAAGAAGAAAGCGCGCAGAAGCUGGCGAUUGCUCAUUGUCGAUGGCCACGGCUCUCAUUUGACGAUGGCUUUCAUCGAUUACUGCGAUCGCCACCGGAUUCUGCUACUAAUCUUUCCUCCACACGCUACACAUGUGCUUCAGCUGCUCGACGUAGUGCUGUUUGCUCCUCUUGCUACUCAGUACUCUGCCGCCGCUGUAUCGCACCUUCACAAUAGCCAAGGCUUGUUAGGGGUGCAUAAGAGCGACUUCUUCCGCCUAUUCUAUAAGGCGUGGGAGUCUACUUUCUAA